AUGGAGGAAGAGCUAGAGAAGCGUUGGAGUCGGUUGUCUUUGACAACUGAUGAAAGUAGGGAAGUGGUGGUUCCAAAUAGCCAAAUCGGAGAUCAACACUCGAGAGUGCGGUUCAGUUUGCUGGGACGUCUCCUUUCAUCCAGAUCGUUUAAUCAGGAGGCUCUCUUCAAUACUAUGCGAACCAUCUGGAAACCUGUGAAGGGGCUUGAGAUAUCCAUAGUGGGCGAAAAUCUUUUCCUAUUUAGAUUCUUUGCCAAAGGGGAUCUAAACAAGGUUAUUGAGGGUUCCUCGUGGACGUUUGAUAAAAACCCUCUCCUGCUCACGAAGUAUGAUGGGAACCUACGGAUGUGUGAUGUGGCCUUUGAUACGCUACAGAUCUGGGUAAGAUUUUACAAUAUUCCUUUCAAAAUGAUGAACGAAAUAGUAAUGCUACAGAUUGGGGCAGCUAUGGGUGAGGUCGUGCGUGUAGAUCUGGACCGAAAUGGGUAUGGGUGGGGGGAAUUCCUAAGGGUUCGUAUUAAUGUUCAUGUCUCUAAACCCUUGAAGAGGGUGGUAAUGGUUUCUGGAGAAGAAGGGGAGGAAGCUAUAAGAGUUGGGAUCCAGUUUGAACAGCUUCCUAACUUCUGCUACCAUUGUGGUAUGAUUGGGCAUGUGGAGAGAGACUGUGAGAGCGUUUCCUCAGAUUCAUCUCAAUCAAAACAGGGGGGUGAUUCCUCAACUUCCAAAACUGAGGUAUCUAAGGAUACUGAUAGAGGUGCAACUGGUCAGUAUAAAGAGGGGGAAGAGAGAUCCAAUCCGGGAGUUUCUUCAGAUGCAGAAAAUUACCGACUAGAGGAAACAACGCCUUUACAAAGAGGGGGACCUGGUGGUAUGGAUUACCCAGUCAAUCAAGAAGGGAGUGUGGGUGUUUUGGGAAGGGUGGAAAGGACGGAGUGUCCUGAUGAAUCAUCCAUUGUUACCAUAGGAGCUUCGGGUGGGGGUGAUGAAGAGAAGGGAGCGAUGGAGGAAGGAAUGAAUUUGGCGGAUACAACAGAAGAUGAUGUGAACUCCGGGGAUCUAAUAAGGUGGACGGAACCUGUCGAUUCUCUAGGGAAGUCACGGGGAAAGCGUAAGGGAACUUGGAAUAGGGUGGUGAAGAAGGGUGGACAUGAUAGUGCAAAAGCUAUGGAGACGGAGAGCUAG